AUGAAGCUCCACUCGGCCUUCAGCUAUCUGAUGCUUUUGGCAGGUGUUGCCAACGCACAGUACACUUGUUUCUGCACCGCGCCCGAGUCUGAUAACCCGGACGGGGUUUCCGAAGCUUGCUGCUCCUCAGAGAACGGAAUCACAUUCCCGGAUGGAGCUCUUUACCAGGGUACUUUUUUGAACAUUUCUGGUCUCUGCCAGUUCAAGGGGCUUCCAUUCACCCAGAAUCAAUUCGAGGACUCCUACGCGGCUUGCUGCAGAGCCACUGGUCCCCAAGAUAUCACUGGAGAUCUCUUUAACGGUACCUGCCCUUACAUAAACUCUUAG